GGAAGAGGCAAUCAGGCUGGAGCCAGAAACUAACCAGUAAGGUGCAGGCACCUGGGGAGGGCAGCAUUUUCAAGUCUCACCUGGGGCCUGUCUACACUUCCUGAGCGAGGCACAGAGCUGUCUCCGCUGGCACGUGAAUGCCGGCGCUCACCCUGACCUGGGACCCCGAGAUGCAAGUGUUCCCCAGUCCAGUAACCGAGGGGCCGAGGUGACGCUCUUGGCACUUUCUAUUGGGUAAGAUGGACAACAACACCGUGCUACCUGUGGGAGAGAACUCUACCAUCCAAAGUACUACGCUAACCUCCCAAAUGGCUGAGGGGUUGAUACAUACCAGCAUCCUCCCAUUUGUUGACACAGGCUUCUCCACCAGCGGAGAUGGCUCUCAUCUGAGCAGGGCCUGGAACAGCUCCCAGGGCUCCAAACAGCUCUUCCUCACCACUCCCCUUGCCCAGGGCAUCUCAGGAUUGUUUGUGUGGUCAGCCUUGGUGCUGACCUGCCACCAGAUCUACCUGCACCUGAAGUUCUACACAGUGCCCAACGAACAGCGCUACAUCAUCCGCCUCCUCUUCAUCGUCCCCAUCUACGCCUUUGACUCCUGGCUCAGCCUCCUGCUCCUCGGAAGCCACCAGUACUACGUCUACUUCAACUCGGUGCGGGACUGCUAUGAAGCAUUUGUCAUAUACAGUUUCCUGAGCCUCUGCUUCGAGUACCUAGGAGGUGAGAGUGCCAUCAUGGCUGAGAUCCGAGGGAAGCCUAUCAAGUCCAGCUGUUUCUAUGGAACCUGCUGCCUGCAGGGGAUGUCCUACUCCAUCGGUUUUCUUCGGUUCUGUAAACAGGCCACGCUCCAGUUCUGUAUUGUGAAGCCCAUCAUGGCUCUGAUCACCAUUAUCCUGCAGGGGGUUGGCAAAUACAAUGAUGGAGACUUUGAUCCUCGCACUGGCUAUCUCUACGUGACCAUUGUCUACAACUUCUCGGUGAGCCUGGCCCUCUAUGCCCUCUUCCUCUUCUACUUUGCCACUAGUGACCUUCUCCGACCCUUUGAGCCCGUCCUCAAGUUUCUCACCAUCAAGGCCGUCAUCUUCCUCUCCUUCUGGCAAGGGAUGUUGCUGGCCAUCCUGGAGAAGUGUGGGGUGAUCCCAGAGGUGCAGAUCAUUGAUGGGAAUGAGGUGGGGGCUGGGACAGUGGCUGCUGGCUACCAGAACUUCAUCAUCUGCAUUGAGAUGCUCUUUGCCUCUAUUGCCUUACGCUAUGCCUUCACAUGCCAGGUGUAUUCAGAGAAGAAGGAAAAUUCACCAGUGACCGUGGCUCCCAUGCAGAGUAUUUCCAGUGGGCUCAAGGAGACCAUAAGCCCUCAAGACAUCGUCCAGGAUGCCAUCCACAACUUCUCGCCUACUUACCAGCAGUACACUCAGCAAUCUAUGCAGGAGGUCAAAAUACAGGGGCAAAAUGGGAACACAACCCCUACUUCCCAGCUUCCUGGGGGCAAGAAGAACAAAAACAUAGAGAAGAGGAUGUUAAUCCUUUCAGAUGAGCUAUAGGGGAGCCUCUGAUGGAGCAAGGGCUUCAGAUCCUGGGCGUUAACUUUUGCUGGAGAUGCUGUUCUUGGACAGUAGUCAACACACCUCACCAAGUACAUGUGGACUGUGGGGGAGGGGGUAUUGCAUUCUCCCACCACCAUCCCUCUUACCAAUCCACCCCUUAAGUUCUAAGGACUGGUCCUGACUAUGGGAGAGGAAGAACAUGAAACUGCUCAGGAGAGAUCUUUUUCCAAGACUGCUGCGACCAUGGAAUCUAUGGUUCUGCUGUGUUUUCAUAUCUGAUAGACUGUCCCCACCCUCUCACUGCCAAUCCCACAGCCCAGAUGCUUUCAGUGACUGAUAAUGUACUUCCUUGCUGGGCUGUUUGGGGUCAAUGCCUUCAUCAGGGCUCGCCAGGAAGGAACCCUCCUUUCCACAGUCAGUCGAUCAAUAAACAAUCAUUAGGCAUCAGGUGUGUCCCAGGAACUGUGCUAAAUGUUGGACAUACAAAGACAGAAAAAAAUUCAUUCUCCUUCACAAAGGGACUUCUGAUUUUGCAUGUAGAGUCUGAGCACUGAGGAUACCUCUGAGUUGAGCUGUCUAUAUGAGUACAAGACUCUACCUUUGAUCCAGAGAAGCUGAUGUCGGUCCCUUUGGUCACUUUCUUGGGAGUAUUACAGGUGGCAGCAGAAGAGAAGAGGAGAAUCCUUGGGGUACCCUAUGUUUAGGGUAAUGCUAGGACCUACCCAGCUUCCCCCAUGCCAGACAGUGUUGUUUCUCAAUUACCCGAAAGCCAGUGGACAUUUGACUGGAUGACACUUUCAAAGUUCUACCCCCUAGUUGCAGCCUUGUCCUAAGGGGCUGCAUUGGCCAAGCAAAGAGCUUUGGACUGGAAUCUGUCAGAGGUGCCACCAAAGACCCUCCCCCUAUCCCCGACACUGCUUGCUACAAGACCCCAUCCUGAAGCAGACUGAACCAGGGACACAGACCUCACAAGCAGGGAAUAAGAGUGGGAGGGCUGUCCCAACUAGUCUAUAGAAGUAUGUAUGGGUGAAAGGGAUUCCCUCCUGGAGAGCUGUCGACUUCCAAGGAGUGAACCCUGUCUAGGUCUGGUUGGAAGCGGAGCUGCUGGCGAAUUAGGAACCCAUGCCUUCCCCUUUGGGGCUGUAUAAAGACACAAGUGCAGGCUGCAUGGAGGAAGGGGGAGAAACUUGUUUGGGUUCAGUCAGUUCAGUUCAAAUCAAAUCAACACCACAAGUAUUUUACAAAGUACCUACUAUGUGCAAAGUGAGGUAAAGGAUUGUCCCCUGGGCGGACAUUCAGGGACGAUUAAAAACAAACAAAACAUGAACCGUGGCCUUUCUCUUCCUCUCCCCAAAGACUGACAGUAGAAUCCUCUCCAUCCCUUAGAUGAAGGGGAUUGGCAGGUGAUGGGGAAAUUGGGAAUGAACAAGCUUUGAAAGUUGUGUCCGAAAGACUGAGCAACCUUUGAACAGCAGCGGACUAGAGAAGUCUCGCUCUUCAGUGACCAACUUGGGAAUUCCAAGGUACUUCCUUGUCCAGGAGGGAGGAUGGGGGGAGUGGGCUGUAACCCACACGAUACCCUCCUUUGCCAGCUGUGCCAUGGGUCAGAGGAUCGUGGAGA